UCCUAUACCUUAGAAAGAUUUGCAGAGAACGAUAAUGGCUUCUUUACGAACUCUGCGCAACAUUUACAAGAACAACCCCACCUUCUUAUUCUCCUCCUCUUCAUCCUCUACAUUAUCUUACCAUUACCGUCAGCUAUCUCCGUUACAGCACCGGUCGAUCUUCUCCACGUCCCACCUCGACGCCUCAUGGAUGGACAAGAUUAAAGGAGUUUUAACAGGCAAAAAGGCCGCCCCAGAUGGCCAAAUCACCACCGAAGAAUUCACCCUCCUUCGUUUUGCAAAUGAGCUGAAGGCCGCAAGGGCUGCAGGGACAUUUAAAAGGUUUGUAGUGGGUCGAAGCAGUGAGGCCACAUUUGCUGAUGCUUUCGGGAAGCAGGAAGCGAUUAUUCGAUAUCUUGGACGUUUUGAUCCUUCUGGAGAUAAUCUGCAAACUAGUCAAAAGCAAGAAGCGGCAAAAAGUUGUAAUUGCACAAUAGCUGACGUCGAGAAUGCUCUUGCAAAGUUUACUUGGGCUAAACAAGCACACAAGAAAUUGGAGAAGUUAAAGGAAGAAGGGAAACCAAUCCCAAAGUCGAUGGCUGAGUUGCAAAAGCUGAUAGGUUCAACACCAGUGGAUCUUGCCAGGUCUAACUUGGCUAAAAGUGGUCAAAUAAGUAGAAAUGCACUCUGCCCAUGUGGUUCCAAAAAGAGAUACAAGCGGUGCUGCGGAAAGGAUUGAAGAUUUUAAAGAAGAGAUACAUGAAAACCUUACUCUGACCUUGAUAUGGGAGAGAUUUUCUGAGAUUGUACAAAUUCAUUUGCUGUUUCAAAUGGCAUCUUGUUAGAGCCUUUUGGUUAAUUUGCUACAUGUACACUGGCUGCAAAGGUGUUUUAAAUUUUGCUUUCAUGGACUAGACUGUCAACAUGCUGGUUAAUUAACCUGAUUAAGUGCUUGUAUUUAUGCAGGCUUUUUGCUUCCAUGGAGUAUAUGGUCUAUAGGCCAGCUAAGCAAUUGAGUAGCUUGUAUUUAUACAUUGUUCUGGUCAUGAAAUUCAGGCAGAACAAAUUUUACUAAUAAAAUGCAUGAAGUCUCUCUUCACCCUUUUAAGUGGUUGAUAUUUA